AACGUCAAAGUGGUUGGUUCCAAUGGGAGAAGUGAUCUGGAGCGGGAUUUAGAGCAGAUAGCUAGAUGGGCAAAGGAAAGGGACCUACGUCUUAACGUUACCAAGAGUCAUGUGCUCACAGGGGCACGUGACACAACGGUAGUUCUCUCUGAAGAACACGAAUUCGCCGUCGAACCCGCUACUAAGGUUAAGGAAUCCACUCGCCAACUUCGUCGCGGACCACCCCGCCCUGGUGGUCCAAUCGAACGAAAAAAGCCCUUGUUACAAAGCGGGCCGCGUGGCAACGACUCCGUGCCACAGGCGGCUAUCUUAGACAUCUUCAGUACCUACGAGAACGGAAGUCUUUUGACCGCAUUCUUCUGGAUGCUAAAAGAGCUUUCGAGCUUUCCCUGA